AUGGGGAACCUCGGCGAUCUGUCGCCGCAAGGCAGUAUCGCGGUCGGAGUGAUCGUGGGGUUGGUCUCGACCAGUCUACAAGCCAUCGGACUUACGCUUCAACGGAAAUCCCAUCUCCUCGAGGAUGAGAAGCCACUGUAUGACGGGCGUCGCCCCCCUUAUAGACGCCGUCGAUGGCAGCUGGGUAUGGGAAUGUUUGUGAUUUCCAAUAUUGUUGGAAGCACCAUCCAGAUUACAACGCUUCCUCUACCGGUUCUCUCCACGCUUCAAGCGUCCGGACUCGUUUUCAAUACGAUAUUUGCGACGAUAAUCCUCGGAGAACCAUUUACACGAUAUUCGUUCGCGGGCACAGUCCUUGUAUGCGCCGGUGCUGUCCUGAUUGCGACGUUUGGCGCCAUCGGUGAGCCGGCACACACGCUGACCCAGCUACUACAACUUCUGAUGCGCCGUCCAUUCCUCGUAUGGAUGGCCAUGACCCUGAUAGUGGUCGGGUUGAUACUUGUGGGAUCAAAGUUGUCGAGGUACUGCUUUUCUGGCUUGAGAGUGAAGCCAACGAGCCCGGGCUUGAUCACGCCUCAUGCACAGCGGCUCCAAUUGCGGAUCAAACUCUUCCGCGGCAUGUGCUACGGUGCUGUCAGCGGUAUCCUCUCAGCUCAUUCGCUGCUGCUAGCCAAAUCAGCCGUCGAGCUGCUAGUGCGGACAGUGGUUGAUCGCAAGAACCAAUUCAAUCGCUGGCAGUCAUGGGUCAUUCUGCUGGGCAUGAUUACUCUAGCUCUUACGCAGUUAUUCUACUUGCAUCGUGGCUUGAAGCUCUGCAGUACGAGUGUGCUCUACCCCUUUGUGUUUUGCAUAUACAACAUCAUCGCAAUUCUGGACGGUCUGAUUUACUUCCGGCAAACUUCACAACUAGAUGGAGUUCGCGCGGGUCUUAUAGCAUUGGGUACAGCGAUCUUGCUGGGUGGUGUUCUGUGUCUUUCGUGGCGCCUAGAGGAGGUGGACAGUGUUGCUGCAGUCACAAGCGCAAGUGCCACGCAGACAGGCAUCGGACCAGGUAUGGCUGUGGUUGAAGAGCACGAUGUCUUGUCUCCUGUAUUGGACGAUCAAGAAGCGCACAUAGGUGAACAGGAGCCGUUGCUUCGCAGAACUCCACGGCCAAGGCGGUUCUCGUUUGGUCAACCUAUCCGUACAUUGGAAGGAUGCGACGCUGCUGAUCUCAACGCGGCUUCCAUCUGGGCUGAACUCGACGAUUCAGAUGACGAGCCUGCAAAAUCACGUUGGUGGUCACAAUAUGAUCGAUCUCGAAGUGCCAGCGGCAGUGGCGCUUUAACUCGCUCCAUGCGCGGUCUCGCGCGACAUUCGACCAUUGGGCCGGUAUCGCAUCAGUACAACCAAGAUCAACAACCACGCCUGCAAGAGGCACGCCGUUCCGGUGCCUCCGUACACAAUGGACUCAGACGCUCGUCCGCUCCAAUGGCCACGCUAAUGGGGACUCGCUAUCGAAAUGGAGGUUCGCCGACGACAAACCUGGCAGUCGGGUAUGGUACUUUGCCAGACGGAGAAGCCGCCCCGGCGCUUGAAGACGAACUCUCCAACCCCAAAUCCGGCGUUUCUUCAAAUCCUCUGGCUGGUCCGCAAAGGAUAAUCAAGGGAAUAUGGCGGCAAGGGUGCCAAGUCCUAUCUCAGUGGACGAGCCCGCAGGCGGGUAGUCGAGAACUCACCCAUCACGCUGGUACAGAUGAAGAUGAUUAUGGAGGCUCAUCGUCACCAUUGCUUCCUCGAUUCGAUGCCCACAGCCCAUUGACUGGAAACAAUACCGGUCAUCGGGAAUGA